GUCUGUGACUCCAGCGGAGUAUGCUGCUCGGGCUAAUGUGUCCCCAUGCCAUUCGUGAUCCCAUUACAACAUAUUGCAUUUGUACGUUUUUGUUAGAUAGGGUAUGAUUUCAAAGGGGAGGGCUGUUGAAAAUUGAUACAGAAGGUAUGUGCAAUUUAGAUAUUCAACAAAGAUAAUAUCUUACAGCAGGUGCCAAAACAAACUGUAGAAGUUUAGAGGCGCUUUAAUAAUAUUUUUAAGACAACUUUUUCAAUUCAAACCACAAAAGAGUUAGGCUAACUACAGUAUAUUUGAAUUUUUUUCAAGAAAUAUCAUGUUUUUUCUUAUUUGUAUUUUAUGUGCAUUUUUAAGUGUUCGUACUCAGACCAUGUCUAGGUUUAGUGUAAAAAAAACAUCCAGCCCGCAAAGAUAGCAGUGUCAUGAUUGAUGUAACCUCCUCCCCAGGCUCGAAUUAAAUGACCCAUAGACCAACACAUAGACAGAGAGAGAGACCCGGCUGGUGGGCGAGAUUAUGAUAGAUGUGACAGAAAGUUCGUCGUGCACAGUCAGAUGUGAGGCACUAACUUCCUCGUAUACAACUAGAACGCACCCUUCAACUCAUUCUAUCUGAACUAUAAUCCCGGGAUGGAAGAGCCGAUAUAAAAGAAAAAGGAGCGUUUUUCUAAAGAACACAAAUAAUUCAGCGUUGAGGACCAAAUAGCAGAACAUACGUGGAAUAUACAGCUGGUUGGAACGAGGUUCUUCCACUAUGGGCUGUGUGGGGUCCAAGGAGCAGCAGGAUCCCAGCAGCAAAGGUGUGGUCAAUGAUGACUCUCUGAACCAGACUCAGACAACCCACUACGUCAAAGACCCCACCACAGGGACCAAGGCUAACGGAACCAUCACCGUUGCCCCUCCAGUCCCCUCUAAUGGUACUGAGAGCAUUGCCAUUGCACUGUAUGACUAUGAGGGUGUAAAUGAUGGAGACCUGGACUUCAAGAAGGGAGACAAGCUUAAAAUCUUACAGGAAUCUGGAGAAUGGUGGAGAGCACAGUUAAUUAGCACAGGCAAGGAAGGCUACAUCCCCAAUAACUAUGUAGCCAUAGACAGACUUGAAACCGAAGAGUGGUUCUAUAAAGGAGUGAGCAGGAAAGAUGCAGAGAGGCAGCUGCUAGCAUCAGCAAACAAAACGGGAUCGUUCAUGAUCCGUGACAGUGAGACCACCAAGGGCAGCUACUCCUUAUCCGUAAGGGACAGUGAUUCCCAAUCAGGAGACACAGUCAAGCAUUACAAGAUCCGUACACUGGAUAACGGUGGCUUCUACAUCUCUCCACGCAUCACCUUCAACAACCUGCAGGAACUGGUCAGCCACUAUAAAAAGCAGGGAGAUGGUCUGUGCCAGGCCUUGACCAGCCCCUGCCUCAGUCCCAAGCCCCAGAAGCCCUGGGAGAAGGAUGCCUGGGAGAUCCCUCGGGAGUCCCUCAAACUUGAUAGGAAGCUCGGGGCUGGCCAGUUCGGAGAGGUCUGGAUGGCUACAUACAACAAGCACACCAAGGUGGCAGUGAAGACCAUGAAGCCUGGCACCAUGUCGGUAGAGGCUUUCCUGGACGAGGCAAACCUGAUGAAGGCCCUGCAGCACGACAAGCUGGUCCGUCUGAACGCUGUGGUUACCAAAGAGGAACCCAUCUACAUCAUCACAGAGUUCAUGGAAAAGGGCAGUUUGCUGGACUUCUUGAAGAGUGAUGAGGGCAAUCGUGUGCAGCUCCCCAAACUCAUUGACUUCAGUGCACAGAUUGCAGAAGGAAUGGCCUACAUCGAGCAGAGGAACUAUAUUCACAGAGACCUGCGAGCCGCCAACAUCCUGGUCUCGAAGGCUCUGGUGUGCAAGAUUGCUGACUUUGGCCUCGCCCGAAUCAUCGAGGACAAUGAGUACACAGCCAGGGAAGGAGCAAAGUUCCCCAUCAAAUGGACGGCCCCAGAGGCAAUCAACUUUGGCUCCUUCACCAUCAAAUCAGAUGUCUGGUCCUUUGGCAUCCUACUGACCGAGAUCAUCAGCUAUGGACGCACACCAUAUCCAGGUAUGACAAACCCAGAAGUGAUUCGCUCUCUGGAGAGCGGCUACCGCAUGCAGCGCACCGACAGCUGUCCGCAGGAGCUCUAUGACAUCAUGUUGGAGUGCUGGAAGAACAAGCCCGAGGACCGGCCCACCUUUGAGUAUCUGCAGAGUGUCCUGGAGGAUUUCUACACUGCAACAGAGAGCCAGUACCAGCAACAGCCAUGAUCCAGAAUGAUUUAGGCAGAUACCUACCCUCUCAUACACUUAUACAAAUGGACAUGUGUACAGACAAACUACAGAGAAAAAAGGGGAUCUGAACAUGUUUCAGAUGGUUCCUUAUGAAAUAUGGCAUUUACUGUAACUUAGUGAAGUAUGACCUAACAAAUUUAUUACAGUGAUUCGUGAAAUGGCUGAGUGUAAGGCGUUUUCAACAUUUUUAUUUAUUUACAUUUCAUUUGCAUAUCGUGUUGGGUGACUUUACCUUCCCUUCCCCUUUGUAGUUAGCUCUGCCAGUCCUGUUUGUUUGUUGUAUGAAUUAACUGUGCUCUAACUAUGUUUUUGAUUUUGCUUUUCAUACACGCCCAGAAAAUGCACAAAAUGAGAAAUAAAAAAAGAUUUGUACAUUUCCUAUGUAUAUGCCCAGGGCAUACAGUAUAUUGGAAAAUGUUAUUUUUAUUCUGGCAUAUACCAUUGAAUCACUAUAAUUCACUGAACAAGCACUGGAGUACAACAGUAUAAUCUUUUAAUUUACAAAACACGUUUUGUCUAUUUGAUAAGGAGAUUAAUUUAUUCAAGCCAAGAGUACCUGUCCAUUCUCUAUACUGAAUGCACAAUAUAUACACAAAAGUAUGUGGAUACCCCUUCAAAUUAGUGGAUUAGGCUAUUUCAGCCACACCCGUUGCUUACCGGUGUAUAAAUCGAGCGUACAGUCAUGCAAUCUCCCUAGACAGACAUUGGCAGUAAAAUGGCCUUACUGAAAAGCUCAGUGAAUUUCAACUUGGCACCGUCAUAGUCAGUUGGUCAAAUGUCUGCCCUGCUAGAUCUGCCCCAGUCAACUGUAAGUGCUGUUAUUGUGAAGUGGAAACGUCUAGGAGCAACAACAGCUCAGCCGCAAAGUGGUAGGCCACACAAGCUCACAGAACAGGACCGGUGAGUGCUGAAGCACGUAGCCCGUAAAAAUCUUCAGUUCUCUGUUACAAAAUGUAGUUCUGUCCUUGAGCUGUUUUUGUUUAUUAAUCUUCUGUAUUACGUCAUGUUUCAUGUUCUGUGUUGGACCCCAGAAAGAGUAGCUGCGGCUUUCAAAACAGCUAAUAAGGAUCUUAAUAAAAUACAAAAUACUCA